AUGAGCCCCAAGCGAUCUGCUACUGCAGCACGGAAAUUCAUCCUCGAAUCACUUAAGGCUCCUGCUUUUGUGUACCGUUAUAGGACAGAUACCAAGGCCACUGUCAAAAAUCUCGAAUGCAAGCUUGAACCCGCGGUUUCAGCUAACAAGUACAAUGCUCUUCUCAAUAACUACAAUACAAUGAUUCUCUACGAGUGGUUCCACCCCAAUGAAUCUGUGAUUGACAAAGAAUACUACUGGCAAAAGUUUGCAAAUGCUAUACACAUGAAAACGUCGAGCAAUAAAGAGGUACCGAUGAUCUUCCUUGCGGACGACAUUAAUCACAAAGGACUGCAAAGCUGCCUUGGAACGAACAUCCUAAAUAAUGCGUCAGAUUGCCGCUGUUCUUUCCAGAACUACGUAAAGGCUUCACCACUCGAUAAACUCAUAAAGAAAAUCACCAAAAAUGCUGAUAAAUUGAAAUUACACUCUUUGGCACUAAGAAUAGAUUCACAUAAUGACAAAGCUAUCAACAAUUUUGUCGUUUCACUGCAACCUGUGUUGGAAGAGUCGAUGAACAUGUAUCAAGAUAUUCACUACGACAAGUUACUACAAAUUGCCAGGAAUGCAAGGAGUGGGAACAAGGUGAGAGAUGUGUUGACAAGCCUAGCAGAUAGCGGUCUUUCAUCGCCGAGACUAGUGCGAAACGGCAGCUGGCUAAUAUUUACUAGAGCUCAACAUAAAGAACAAACACACGAUGAGUCUACAAGCUGA